AUGACUGGACGAUAGUAUACUUGCAACAUGCUUGUGUAAUAUGUAUUAACUGCUAGAGGUUCUUGAUUAGACAGUUGUUGCAUCGUUGCAUCCUCGAGUGCCAGUGUCAAAAGUGUAGUGAAUACGGUGAAUACGUGUGGACUACAAGAAAAGAUUGUUUUCCGAACCUGAACCUAAAUUUGUUAUUAAGACAGAUACAAAUUAUUAUAAAUAAUUAUUAUUCUGGUCCUACAAUGAAGAAACGUUAUAUACGUACAUAAUCAAAAGUAAAAAAACAACGAAGUCUAGCAAUCCUUUUAGCUGAACAAUGUCGCAAUCAGAGAAUACGUCACAAUCAGUGAUCGGAAAAUUAGCCAACGUAAUGAACGACGAGGCUUACUAUUAUGUUGGCGUACGAGGCAGCCCUUUCGCGACUGAAUGUUCUGUCUUUGGUUUAAAUUCGGAUGAAAUUUUGGCCCUUAGCAAACGGUUUCCAGACUCUGGUGCAAAAAUGCUCAACUGCGUCGGAGUCACCGGACCAGCAUUUUCUGUCAUUAACGCCUUGGCAGAGUUAGGAUAUCGGGUUAUCUGUAGCACGGGAAAAGAUGAGGUACUCUGGACGAUGCAAAGAGAACUAUAGAACAACGGUCGUUCUAAAGUUUGAAAUCUAUCAG